AUGAGAAUCGGCAUUUUAAAAUUUGUUUUUUUUUCAAUUGUUAUUUGUUUUUUUGAAUAUGCCAAAAAUGAAUUAUACUUUGUAAACGAGAGAGACAUAUACCUUGAAAGGAAUAUAAACAAUUUUAGAAAUAAUAGGAUAUUAGCAGAUGUAGACAAUCAAUUCAACAUAAAUGAUUUUUAUCAAUCAACUUUGAGUCUUGCAAAUCAAUUUAAUGACUACAAUGAUGGUGAUGAUGACGAAGAAAUGAUAUUUCUUCGAAAUAUUAUAGAUUCACAAAUAAAGAAGCAUAAAGAAAAUAAUACAUUACCCGAUUUAAAUAAUGUAGAUAAGAAAACUAAAAAGUUAAUUAAUGGACUUCGAACAGAAUUAGAAGAAAUAAAAAAAGAAUUUGAUAAUAAAAGGAAUGAUGAAUUAGCAAUACAACCAAUACAAGAUAAAAUAAUAACAAAAAAAGAUGAAAAUAAUUCUGUAUCAGAACAUGAAAAUUUUAGACAAUUGGAAAAUUAUGAAAAUAAUUCUGUAUCAGAACAUGAAAGUUUUAGACAAUUGGAAAAUUAUGAAAAUAAUUUGGAGAGUGAAAAUUAUAAUUUUGAUAGUGAAUAUAUUGAUGUUACAUUAAGUAGUAAUUAUAAGAAAUUAAAAAUUAAAGAAAAAAUAAAAAGAGAAAGGAAAAAAAUACUUAAGAAGGGGUUGGUGUACAGUGCAAUUUCUGUGGUGAUAUUUAUAUCAGGAUGGAAGUUUAUGGCAUUAAUAAUUUUACCAUGUAUGGUUUCCUUAUUUAAGAAAUAUUGGAAAGGCUUUAAUUUGCUCGCUAAAUUCCAAAAGAAAUCAAAAUAA